AUGCUCAUCAAGAACCUCAAAUCAAUUGGCUCCGUCAACCUUACUUCCAAGUCCAACGGUCAAUUUAACAUCACCAGUGGUACCUCUGUGGACCAGGGCUCUGACAAGUUGACAUGCAACCUGCUCACUGUCAGUAUUCCAUGUCUUGAUAUCCUUGGAAUUGUCAAGGUUACCAACCUCUGGAUUUGCAUCUAA